GUCACCUCCACACGGGCCUCGCUCCCGUACUCCGCGCCCCGAGCUGUCAUCACUUUACCGGGAGAAGCGAAGGGCAUCCGGGAUACCGGCCGAGAGGGGAGCCGCCGAAACUCGUUUCUCGAGUGGACAGUCGAAUCAGUGGACCGUGGACGCCUUGUUCCUCCCUCUCUGUCCUGAGACCGCCCCCCUGCUCGAGUGACUUUUAUCCCGUCUUCGUUCUGAGGUUGAGGACGCCCGGCCCGUCGGCCUGACCACCACCGCCGUGUGUGUGACACUUUAAGGACUGCUCAUGCAUCGUUUAAGGACUUGUGCGGCGCGGUUGCGUCCGCUCACCGCCUCGCAGGCGGCUCAGACUGUCGGCCCGCAGCGGCCAAUCACAGUCGCCUCCACAGGUGGCACAAGGACGUUUCAGCCAAUCAGGUGCUACACGGCACCGGUGGCCUCGGAGCCGUUCCUGAACGGGACAAGCUCCAACUAUGUGGAGGAGAUGUACUUUGCCUGGCUGGAGGACCCCAAGAGUGUUCACAAGUCGUGGGAUGUAUUUUUCAGGAACGCUAAUGCCGGUGCUCCUCCCGGUGCAGCCUACCAGUCUCCUCUGGGACUGUCUGCAGCUCCUCAGCUCUCCUCUCUGGUCGGAGCUCAGCCCAACGUGGAGAAGCUGGUGGAGGAUCACCUGGCCGUCCAGUCCCUCAUCAGGGCCUACCAGAUCCGAGGGCACCAUGUGGCCCAGUUGGACCCCCUCGGCAUCAUGGACGCCGAUCUGGACUCGUGUGUCCCCACUGACAUUAUCACCUCCUCCGACAAGCUGGACCUGGCUGUGUUCAAGGAGAGGCUGAGAGUCCUAACGGUAGGAGAGUCAGACUUCCUGUCACAUUUCUGCUGCAGACGAGGCGGCUUCUACGGUCUGGAUGAGUCCGACCUGGACAAGGUGUUCCGGCUGCCCACCACCACCUUCAUCGGAGGUUCAGAUGGUGCCCUGCCGCUGAAGGAGAUCAUCCGCCGCCUGGAGAUGGCGUACUGUCAGCACAUCGGGGUGGAGUUCAUGUUCAUCAACGACCUGGAGCAGUGUCAGUGGAUCAGACAGAAGUUUGAGACUCCAGGAGUGAUGCAGUUCACUCUGGAGGAGAAGAGGACGCUGCUCGCCCGCAUGGUCCGCUCCACCAGGUUCGAGGAGUUCCUGCAGAAGAAGUGGUCUGCAGAGAAGCGUUUUGGUCUGGAGGGCUGUGAGUCUCUGAUCCCGGCUCUGAAGACCAUCAUCGAUAAAUCUUCAGAGAACGGGGUGGAGAACGUCAUCAUGGGCAUGCCCCACAGAGGUCGUCUGAAUGUUUUGGCCAACGUGAUCCGUAAAGAACUGGAACAGAUCUUCUGUCAGUUUGACUCCAAACUGGAGGCUGCUGAUGAGGGCUCUGGAGACGUCAAGUACCACCUGGGGAUGUACCAUCGUCGUAUCAACCGUGUGACGGACAGGAACAUCACCCUGUCUCUGGUGGCCAACCCGUCUCACCUGGAGGCCGUGGACCCCGUGGUGCAGGGGAAGACCAAAGCUGAGCAGUUCUAUUGCGGAGACAACGACGGCAAGAGGGUGAUGUCCAUCCUGCUGCACGGAGACGCAGCGUUCGCAGGUCAGGGUAUCGUCUACGAAACCUUUCACCUGUCGGACCUGCCGUCCUACACCACGCACGGCACCGUGCACGUCGUUGUCAACAACCAGAUCGGCUUCACCACAGAUCCUCGUAUGGCUCGCUCGUCUCCGUAUCCGACUGAUGUGGCUCGAGUCGUCAACGCUCCCAUCUUCCACGUCAACGCUGACGACCCCGAGGCCGUCAUCUACGUCUGUAAGGUGGCUGCUGAGUGGAGGGCCACGUUCCACAAAGACGUGGUGGUCGACCUGGUGUGUUACCGGCGGAUGGGUCACAACGAGAUGGACGAGCCGAUGUUCACUCAGCCGCUGAUGUACAAACAGAUCAAGAAGCAGAAGCCGGUUCUGCAGAAGUACGCAGAGAAACUGAUCGCAGAGGGAGCAGUGACCCGGCAGGAGUACGAGGAGGAGAUUGCCAAGUAUGAUAAGAUCUGUGAGGAGGCGUACGCUCGCUCUAAAGAUGAGAAGAUCCUCCACAUCAAGCACUGGCUGGACUCCCCCUGGCCUGGUUUUUUCACCCUGGACGGACAGCCCAAGUCGAUGAGCUGCCCCUCGACCGGUCUGACUGAAGAGAACCUGAACCACAUCGGAGGAGUGGCCUCGUCCGUCCCCGUGGAGGACUUCACCAUCCACGGAGGUCUGAGUCGUAUCCUGAAGAGUCGAGCUGAGAUGGUUCGUAACCGGACGGUGGACUGGGCUCUGGGCGAGUACAUGGCCUUUGGAUCGCUGCUGAAAGAGGGGAUCCACAUCAGACUGUCGGGACAGGACGUCGAGCGAGGGACCUUCAGCCACCGUCAUCACGUCCUCCACGACCAGAAUGUUGACAAGAGGACCUGCAUUCCCAUGAACCACCUGUCUCCUGACCAGGCGCCGUACACCGUCUGCAACAGCUCGCUGUCUGAGUACGGAGUCCUGGGUUUUGAGUUGGGUUUUGCGAUGGCGAGUCCCAACGCUCUGAUCCUGUGGGAGGCUCAGUUCGGAGACUUCCACAACACGGCUCAGUGCAUCAUCGACCAGUUCAUCUGUCCCGGUCAGGCCAAGUGGGUCAGACAGAACGGCAUCGUGCUGCUGCUGCCGCACGGCAUGGAGGGCAUGGGUCCGGAGCAUUCUUCAGCUCGUCCCGAGAGAUUCCUCCAGAUGUGCAACGAUGACCCCGACGUCAUGCCGCCGCUCACGGAGGACUUUGCGGUGCGUCAGCUCUACGACUGUAACUGGAUCGUGGUGAACUGUUCAUCUCCUGGAAACUACUUCCAUGUUCUCAGACGCCAGAUCCUGCUGCCGUACAGGAAGCCUCUGAUCGUCUUCACUCCCAAGUCUCUGCUGCGUCACCCAGAGGCUCGAUCCAGCUUCGACGAGAUGCUGCCUGGAACUCACUUCCAGAGGUUGAUCCCAGAGGACGGCGUGGCGACGCAGAAUCCUGAGGAGGUGAAACGACUCAUCUUCUGCACAGGGAAGGUUUACUACGAGCUGACCAAAGAGAGGAAGAACAGAGGCAUGGAGGGAACUGUGGCCAUCGCACGUAUCGAGCAGCUGUCUCCGUUCCCGUUCGACCAGGUGAAAGCGGAGUGUGAACGUUUUUCCAACGCCGACCUGGUGUGGUGUCAGGAGGAGCACAAGAACCAGGGUUACUACGACUACGUGAAGCCUCGCAUCAGGACCACCAUCCAGAGAGCCAAGCCUGUCUGGUACGCUGGCAGAGACCCGGCAGCAGCUCCAGCGACAGGAAACAAGAACACUCACCUGAUGGAGCUGCGGCGCUUCCUGGACAACGCCUUGAGUCUGGACGCCUUCAAAGAUCAGCAGCAGUAGAGCUGCGACCUCUGACCUGCAACACCUGUCUGACCUCUGACCCCCCAGCACCCCCUCCUGGAUUCAGUUGUGACAUUCAGACUGCAUCAACACACACACACACACACACACACACACACACACACACACACAGACUGUACUCUCUACACUCAGCAAACACUGCACACACUCUGUACGACUGAGUGCACAGUGUUAAUCUCAGCUCGUUCAGAUCAUCACUGAGUCGACACUCGAUUUUAAAUUCUGAGAUUCAUCGACAGACGUUAAACUGACAGCUGUUUAUUGUUGUCAUGACGCAGCGCGACAGUUUCCUGUGUACCAACAGGUCACUGUCAGCAUCUUUAGCUCUUCUCACAGACAUGAUCUGAUUUAAAUAUUGAUUAUUUCUGUCGUCAGUUCAUCUGUCAGAUAUUGAUUAGAUCCAUAAAAUGUCAGUUUACUGAGAUAUGAGCUGAUAAAUGACUAACGGUUAAUCGAUUAUCAUGAAUUGUUUAUUUCCCUUUGCUUACAUUCAGUGAAGGAAACUCGUGAGCGAGUAACUUCAGUUCAGGUUCAUUUACUCAGAGCAGAUGAUUUGAGGAGUGACGGCCCGGCAGUGUGUAGUACAGUGUGUACUUCAUGUAGUCCGGGCUGCAGACACAGUGUUAGUGUGUAACUGCACAGAACACUGCGUACGACUGCAGCACUGUCCUCCACUACAGGAGACCUGAGUACUGUGUGUUCAGACGUACAGAAGCAGCUUCAGGCUCAACUCCACCACAGGCAACACAGCAACUGUCUGAGCAACAUGCUGCUUCAACAUGUCAACUUCUGAGUUGAUUAAAAAGACAACACAUUUCUUUGUAGGACAGAAAAAGUUUGAGGCAGCUGAUGUGAACACGAGCAAACAAACAACCUGAAUAAAAUGAAGUCUAAAAUCAGCAGAUGCUGUGUGAUACCAGAAUGUCUCUGUGCUGCAGCUUUGAACCUCAGCACUCGUCAAGAGUUGCUCUACAAGUUGCCCAGUGUCUGAGUGAACACACAAGGCAACUUUUUAUGCAACCAGAGUUUGUUAGAGUUGUUAGAAGGCAACGACGCUCCAGAGAAGUUGACUGAAACCAUCUGUAGUCAUGCAGGAACUCUAAUACAGUUUAGUCUAAAAUUAGCAACAUUUUCAACGAGGGCAGCAAUGUUGCUCUAGGAAAGUUGCCUCUGGUUGAGUGAAGUCUGAACCUGAGUUUAAAGUUCAAAAGCACACACACCUUCCUCCGUCCUCACAGACACACACACACACACACACACACACACACACACUCUCCAGCUGUAUUAUGUAACAGCAGGUCAGCAGUUGUGACGUCAUCAUCAUCAUCAUCAUCACUACUCCCCUCACACUCAGCAGUCACCUCCUCCUCACCUGAAACGUUGCAGGAAACAUUUUUACUUUUAGUUUUUAAUGAAUGGCUCGUUAGCAUUGUUAGCAUCGUUAGCGUUCCCCAUUGAAAGCGGAUGGGAGUGCGGCUAGCUGUGAACAGUGAGAGUGGAAUCACUACAGCAGGUGGAGGGGUUUUUUGCCUUUCAGCAGGUGUGUUAGCUCGUUAAGGAAAAGUCUGUAAUCAGUCACCAUGGCAACGCUUACUGGCACAUUGAGAUUUUAUUGUGUUUCUUUCUUUUGAAGGGAUAUUUUGGGGAAUAAAAUGGCGGAGGUCUGCGCCAUCAGGCGUCCCAACAUGAGCUCAACCAAAUGCACUGCUGAUUCUAAUUUAACCCCUCAGCUUCUGUCUCUCUUUUCUUCUUCUUCUUCCUCUUCCUCUUCUCUCUGGCGAGCGUUUAUCUCGUGCCAAAACGGAGCGUCUCAUGUGUUUCUGGUUUCUUCUUGGUGUUUGAGCUGAAUGAACUCUCGUCAGCAGGAAGUCAAGUAUCCUGGUUUGAAACAGAAAAACAAACGACAGCAGAAGAUGAGAUCAGCUGCAGCAGGUUGUGUUCUGGGCUUCUGUGAGACAAAGAAAAUGAUUUAUUUAUUUUCAUAAAAGGGGAUUGAAUCUCUCUUCAUUAUUUUGCUUCAUUCAAUAAAGAAUACUGUAUGUACUGACGA